AUGUCGUCCUCUACCAUCUCCAUUUCGGCUUCUGCCUCUGCCACCCCGCUCAACCACGCUGCUGUUGCAGCUGAUAUUUUGGUCAUUGCUAGAGACGCUGCCUCUGCAAGUGUAGCCAGCUCUGGCCUCAACGGGUACGGUAUCCCAUUUACCACCCUGGUUGUUCCCUCCGCUGGUGUCACUCUUCCAGAUCUCAAUGGAACUGCUGGAGGAAAUUUCGGUGGUAUUGUCAUUGCCUCAGAAGUCAGCUAUGACUAUGGUGGUACUAAGGGCUUCCAGAGUGCCCUGACCACUGAUCAGUGGACUCAGCUAUAUUCUUACCAGCUUGAAUAUGGUGUCCGUAUGGUCCAAUACGAUGUUUACCCAGGUCCUAACUAUGGGGCAUCUGCUAUCGGCGGAUGCUGUGACAACGGUGUUGAGCAACUUGUUUCAUUCACUGAUAUCAGUGAUUUCCCCACGUCUGGAUUAAAGAUUGGUGCUGGUGUCAGCACUAGCGGUCUGUGGCACUACCCCGCGACUAUCAGUAAUACCACGUCUACCAAGAAGAUCGCUUCGUUUGCCCCCACUACAGGGUUCCCUACUGAGAGUGUCGCUGGUGUGAUCAAUGAUUUUGGUGGUCGUCAACAAAUGGCCUUCUUCAUCGGUUUCGACACUACCUGGAGCUCUACCUCCAGCUACCUGCAGCACGCAUGGAUCACCUGGAUCACGCGCGGUCUGUACGCCGGAUAUCGCCGUGUCAACCUGAACACCCAAAUUGAUGACAUGUUCCUCGAGACUGAAAUCUACUCACCCGCUGGUAAGAAUUUCCGUAUUCGCGCCCAGGAUAUGAGCAAUAUUGCCAGCUGGAGUGAUUCGAUCAAUGCCAAGAUGCCCGCCGGCAGUUCUUACUUCGUCGAAGUCGGGCACAACGGGAACGGAAACAUCGAAAACUCUUCCGAUACCUCGAAUUCUGGCUGGGAUGCUUGCGGAGCUGCUAUUGAAUAUGAAUCACCUCUUGACACUCCUCCGGAGUGGGUUAAACCUCUCGGAACCGGAACUGAUUUGUGGCCUGCUGUGCCCACUACUUAUGACUGGACUGCUACUUGCACUGCCAUGGAUGAGCUCCUAGCCUGGUGGACAACCGAAAGCAACCUCAAUAAAUUCGGUCAUAUUUCCCACACCUUCACCCACGAGGAGCAGGAUAAUGCCACUUAUAGCGAUGUCUUCAAAGAGAUCAGCUUCAACCAGGCUUGGCUUAAGGCCGUUGGUAUUGACAAGGCCACCAAGUUUACUUCCAACGGUAUUAUUCCUCCUGCAAUCACUGGGCUGCACAAUGGUGAUGCCCUUCGGGCCUGGUGGGAGAACGGAAUCACCAACUGUGUCGGCGAUAACACCCGCCCUGCCCUUAUGAACAAGGCGAAUGCCAUGUGGCCACUUUUCACCGCUGCUGCCGCCAACGGUUUCGAAGGGAUGCAGAUAAACCCUCGAUGGGCCACGCGCAUCUACUAUAACUGUGAUACUCCUGCUUGUACCGUUGCAGAAUGGAUCGCCACCUCUGCUGGUUCCGGUACCUUCCAGGACCUCCUGGCCAUCGAGAAGGCUGAGACCAUGCGUCACCUCUUUGGCCUCUACCACGAUGGCUACAUGUUCCACCAGGCGAACCUCCGCAAUAUUGAUGUUGAUCCGAUCACCAUCAAUGGAGUCUCUGCCAAGUACUCCAUCAUGCAAGCCUGGGUGGAAACCCAGGUUCAGGAGUUCGUUCGUCUAGCUGAAUGGCCCAUCAUCACACUCACUCAUCAGGAGAUGUCCGCCUCCUUCCUGGCCCGUUUUAACCGUGACAAGUGCGGCUACUCUCUGGGCUACGCCACCAGCAACCGAAAGAUCACUGCCGUCACUAUCUCUGCCACUGGAAAUACCUGCACUGAGCCUAUCCCAGUAACCUUCCCUGUUGCUCCCACCAGCACCCAGGGAUUCGCCACUGAGCAGCUAGGUGCUGACCCCCUUACCGUCUGGGUCAAGCUCUCUGGCUCCCCUGUCACAUUCACUCUUUCCACCCCCAUUUCCCUUUAA